AUCAGGACACCUUGAGCAUACCGACCAUGUUGUGUGUAGUUCUGCUGGUGCUGCUGGCUGCCGGGUCCAGUGUCAAGGGUGAACAGUUGACCCAGCCGGCGUCUUUGACCCUGCGGUCUGGAGAAGAGUUGAACAUCGAUUGUCAGGUGUCUUAUUCUUUGAGUAGCUACUACACUGCGUGGGUCAGGAAAACAGCUGGGAAAGGACUGGAAUGGAUCGGGAGCAGAUACACUGGGGGCUAUUACCGCAAGGACUCACUGAGCAACAAGUUCAGUAUCAAUCUCAACCCCUCCAGCAAAAUUGCAACUCUAAAUGGCCAGAAUAUGCAGCCUGAAGACACUGCAGUGUAUUACUGUGGUCGCAGAGUCUUGUCCUUCUACUACGACUACUGGGGAAAAGGAACCCAAGUCACAGUUACAUCUGGUACACCGAUCAGACCGACCGUCUUUCCUCUGAUGCAAUGUGGAUCUGGAGCCACGCUUAGUCUUGGCUGUCUCGCCACUGGGUUCACACCAGCUCCACUGACCUUCACCUGGAGCAAAGAUGGGACUGCCUUGACUGACUUUAUUCAGUAUCCUUCAGUCGAGAAGAACAACCUCUAUACUGGAGUCAGUGAAAUCCAAGUGAGGAGAGCGGACUGGAAUAAUAGGGCAAAAUUCCGAUGUGUUGCCAAACAUUCAACCGAAGAUGUUGAAGCUGUGUUCGCCAAUAAAGAAGAGAGUUCUGUGUCUCCAGACAUGACAUUGUAUCCAGCGUGGGAGGAUAAACUUGGUGUCUCAGCUUUCAAACUUUUGUGCAUCAUAAGUGGCUUCUCUCCUGCCACGCUGGGUUUUGAGUGGCUACAGGACAACCAAAAGGUAGAUGCCGUGUGGACCUCCACCAGGAAACUUCAGAGUGUGGUGAAAGAAGACAAAACUUUCACUCUAAUCAGUGAGAUUGAGCCAAACGUGAGUGACUGGACAAAGGGCUCAAAUUUUACAUGCAGGUCCAUUCACAACAACGUAGAAGUGAAAAAGUCCACAAGCAUUUGUGAAACACAGGCAGACGGCCCUCCUUCCAUUUAUAUGGAGCUCCCCAGCUUCAAGGCCGUCAUGAUGGGAACAUCUGAAGUGACAGCAAAAUGUUUGGUACGCACUGAAUUUGAUGCCGUUGUUACAUGGCUGGUGGAGAGCCAAGCAGACGCUUAUAACCAAGUGAGCCAGUACACCAACACAUCUCACAUCAUUAGUCAUCUGACGGUAUCUGCAAAUCUGUGGAAACAAAUGAAGAGUGUGAAAUGUAAAGUGGCGCAUCGCUGCUUCUCAGACAUUGAGGAGACCAUACACGUGUCAGGGUCUACAGUCAACGCUCCAACAGUGGAGAUCAGGCGAUCUUUUGCCGAUUUGCAGAAGAAAGAAAGAUCUGUGUUUGUAUGCGAUGUCGCACAACUCGAUACCGUCGACCUCUACGUCACCCUUCAGGCCAAUGGUGUAGAUAUUUUGGACAAACACUUUGUUGAACUGCCUAAAGGCCCGGGCCCACAUUCCAUCAGUCCACACUUCAGUUUGCCAAAGUCAUACAUGAAGAAUGACACACGUUUCACCUGCAAAGUGACCCAAGGCUUCUCUAGCAUCUUCCACUCAAGUCCUAUUGACAGCAUUUUUGUGGAGCCAUCAGUGGAGCUCUUUCUGGCCCCCAGUGAGGAGUCAGGACCUCAGAGACUCCUUUGUUCCGGAUGGGGCUUUAACCCUCAAAUUACAUGGCUCAUCGGGUCUCAGCAAAGACCUCCAUCAAUGACCAACAUCAGCAUGAGUGCGGAUGGACGUGUGGCUGUGGCCAGUCAAUUAGAUGUAGACCAAGAAGAGUGGCAAACUGGCAAGCUAUUCACUUGUAAAGUGUCUGACAGGUGGCUGAAUAAAAAUGUCAGAAAAAACAUCAACUUCUGCUCAGUAACCACAUCAUCAUCUCAAAUACUUGGAGUGUAUAUUCAAGGACCGCCACUCACAGAGUCACAGCAGAGGGAUCAAGUGACCGUCACUUGUCUUUUGGUCGGCGCUCAUCUUGAUGAUUUCUCCAUCUCCUGGAAAGUAGAUGGGAAGAAUUAUUCCCAGAAUUCACACACGGAGAAGCCGAUCAGUCACAGCAAUGGGACAGAGUCCUUGCAGAGCUUCCUCAAUGUGUUAGCGAGCGACUGGGAUGCAUAUAAACAAGUUUCGUGUGAGGGAAAACACAGGUGUUCCAACCAGGGCUAUGAGGGGCACAUAAGCAAAAGCAGAGACUUGUAUCCACCAACAGUGCGCAUAAUACCGCCAACCGUCUCUGAGCUGUCAACCUCCGAUGACCUCGCGCUUACUUGCCUGGUUUCUGGAUUUUUCCCAGAUAAUAAAAUAGUAUACUGGGAGAAAGAUGGCCAAAGACUGCCAUCAGUUUCCUAUAUCAACAGCCCUUCAUGGAAAUACAGCAGUAGCAGCACUUUUUCAAUGAGCAGCAGACUGAGCGUGUCCAAAAGUGAGGACCGGGGUUCCAGCUAUUCUUGUUCUGUCAAACAUGAGUCAUCUGAAACACCUGUUAGAAGCACAAUUGAGGAUGUGUUUGCCACAGUGACUCCGAGCCAGCCUUCAGCCAUCUUGCUCCGGGGUUCAGGUGAACUUGUGUGCCUGGUGUUUGGCUUCAGUCCUGCGUCCAUUAACGUCUCCUGGUUUCUUGAUGACGCCAAUGAGCUGUCGUACUUCAACACCAGUCAACCAAGCAGAGGCCCCGAUGGAAAGUUCAGCAUCCAGAGCCACCUUCGCAUGUCCCAAAUCGACCUGUUACCUGGGGCAGUCCAUACCUGCAGGGUGACGCAUACAACCCUCACGCUGACCUUGAACGUAACAAAUCCAGUGAUUUUGCCAGAUUGCAAUGUAUUGGAUGACAUUGCUCAUGCAGUUGUUAAUCAAGAUAUCAAUGUGGAAAGCUGGUAUAUGUCUGCCACAUUCCUUGUGCUUUUUCUCAUCUCCAUCAUUUAUGGCGUCUUGGCCACCUUGGUUAAGACUAAAUAAUUGUGACAACAGAACAGAUGCUAUUGACUUCUUCUAAAGUGGAUCAUUUGCUGAACGCUGACCAAUUAAAUAUAUGUG